AUGGACAACAGAUGGGUGUACGACAAAUCCAACACCUCCAUGAUAGAACUUUCUCACUACAAUGAUGAGUGCGGCGUCAUUCAAUGUUUUACGUCCGUCUUCCUGGACUUUUCUGUAAGGCGAUUACGUGUAGUUGAUGCUCCCUGCCUCUCUGAGAAGGGCGUGAAGAUCGGCGUUGGUGGAGACGGUUCUGGUGUAUCAUCUGUGCACUUGACACUGGUCAUGAUGGCAUCCAAUGCCGUAGAUGUGAUCCGCAGCCUUGCCAGGGCCUGUCAAGUUUUCACUACAGACAAUCGCCGAGCUUUGUGGAUCAGGGAACCAUUUAGACUGAAUCAGCUAGACGGUGGUGGUUUUGGCAUGGCCUACAUUUAG